CGUGCGACAUGAAGCAGCACGUCGAACACCUGCGACGCGUCUUCGAAAUUCUUCGACGAGAACGAUUCUACGUCAAACUGUCCAAGAGCGAAUUCGCCCUUGAGAAGGUCCAGUUCCUAGGACACAUGGUGAGCGCUCAAGGAGUUCACGUCGACCCCAAGAAAAUCGGGGCCGUACGCACGUGGAAGACACCUGAGAACGUGAAGGAGUUGCAGCAGUUCCUAGGCUUCGCUAAUUACUACAACAGGUUCGUGCCACAGUAUGCGAAAAUCGCAGCACCACUCACGAAUCUGCUGAAGAAGAACACGCCCUACAAAUGGGAGCCGAAGCACCAGGAAGCCGUGGAGCAGCUGAAGCAAGCAUUUACGUCCGCACCGGUACUCAUUUUACCAGAUCCCGAACGCGACUACAUCAUUGAAGCUGGCGCCAGUGACCAAGCAGUGGGGGCAGUCUUGAUGCAAGAUCAAGGGAAUGGACUGCAACCAAUCGCUUACUUGAGUAAAAAACUACACGGGGCAGAACUAAACUACCCGAUACAUGACAAAGAGGCCCUGGCUAUCAUCAUCACCUUCAAAGUGUGGAGAUGCUAUCUCGAAGGACGAAGAACAACCGUCUACACCGACCACUGCAGCAUGAAAUACUUGAAGACGCAACCCAACCUUUCCAGGCGGCAGGUCCGGUGGAUCAACUUCCUCGAGACACACUUCCACUACGACAUCGUGUACAAGCCCGGUCACAAGAACAAAGCAGACGCUCUCAGCCGGCCUGCACACUGGGACAGUGACAUCGCAUACCGGAAAGGAUCAACAAAAAUCUGGGUACCCAAUUACCCUCCUUUGCGCCAGUUACUACUCAAAGAAUACCACGACGUCCUCUACGCCGGACACUUCGGUAGCAACAAAACGCUGACCGGUAUCGCAAAGCACUACUACUGGCCCCACUUAGCAGAAGAUGUCAAAAAAUUCGUCACCUCGUGUGAUACAUGUCAGCGGAUGAAGAGCAGCAAGCAGAAAAAGGCGGGACUACUGCAGCCUCUUCCUGUCCCAGAACAACCAUGGCAAGUGGUUAGCCUGGACUUCAUCACCGGGUUACCACCUACCUCCACCGGUCAUGACGCCAUCCUUGUCGUCAUUGACAAGUUCUCCAAAAUGGGACACUUCAUCCCGACACACACGACAGCACGCACCGAAGAAACAACACAACUCUUCGUUGGAUACAUCAUCUCACAGCAUGGCAUUCCAACCACACUCAUCUCCGACCGAGACCCUAAGUUCACCAGCAAGUUCUGGAAGGAACUUAUGUCUCUCCUCAGGACCAAACUCGCCAUGUCAUCUGCUUACCAUCCGCAGACAGACGGACAGACCGAGCGCCUCAACCAAAUUGUUGAGCAACUCCUCCGAGCAGCCUGCAAGGACGACAUCUCCAAAUGGGACUUGCACCUGCCCGUACUAGAGUUUGCUUACAACAAUGCUACACAUGCCGCUACUGGACAGACGCCGUUCUUCCUCUGCUACAGACGCCACCCACUCACACCACAGAAACCGACAGCAUCAGCUACAGUCCAACCAGCACAUGAUUUCAUCACAACCAUGCAUUAGCUUUGGGAUCGGACCCACAAGCGCC